CCGGCUGCAUUCUGCUUCCCUAGACGCGUUUCGGUAGCACCCAAACGCCGCGAUCCCUCCCCAGAAAAGUAUUAAACGUUGUCGUGUCACGGGUGUUUCGCAUUGCCCCGAACGAUCGUGUAGUACCGUGGUUGCGAUGCGUGUGGGACUUGUCCUGUUUUUAUUGAAUCUUCCCCAUGGGAUAUAGAAACACUCGAACUUUGAAGCAAGGGAAUUUCUGAGGAAUUGUUUUCAACUAUGACAAACGUGCUUUGCAAACACAGCAUUGUGCAUAACGAUGUAGAAUUAGGGCUGUCAAAAACCAUUACAAAAAGCUACGUAACUCUCUAAUGAUAUGAACAGUUCUGCAAAGAAUCAUUUUAUUGAACUACUAACCUGUUUUGCCUUAUGUAUUUUAUUUUCUGUUUCAGGAAUGCAGUAAAAAACAGAAAAAUGAUGACACGCAAAACACAUCUGUUAAUGCAUUGACUUCAAAUGCCGAAUUUGAAGAGGAAAAUGAGUUUCAUGCUUUGGCUAAUGCUAAAAUAUUCCUUAGCGACUGCCUAGCUUGUGACAAUUGUAUGACAUCAGAAGAAGGAGUCAGGGUUUUCCAGCAGAAUCAAAAGGAGCUCUUUCGCAUACUCAACCUUAAUAAGAAAUGUGAUACCUCAAAACACAAAGUGUUGGCAGUGUCUAUAUGCCCUCAGUCAUUGCCUUAUUUUGCUGCUAAGUUCAGUCUCUCUGUGAAUGAUGCAGCCAGGAGGCUCUGUGGUUUCCUCAAAAGUCUCGGGGUGCAUUAUGUAUUUGACACCACUAUAGCUGCUGAUUUCAGUAUCCUGGAGAGUCAGAGGGAAUUUGUGCAGCGGUAUCAACAGAGGAACCAGGAGGAGCAUGCCUUACCAAUGUUUGCCUCUGCUUGCCCUGGUUGGAUCCGGUAUGCUGAAAGGGUACUUACCAAUCUUGUGACCUCUCACAUUUGCACUGCCAAGUCUCCACAGCAGAUCAUGGGCUCCCUGGUGAAGGGCUACUUUGCCAGGCAGCAGAACUUGCCUCCUGAUAAAAUUUUCCAUGUAAUUGUGGCGCCUUGUUAUGACAAAAAAUUGGAAGCCUUGCGGGAAGAUUUCUACACUGCCUUGUAUAAUUCUCAAGAAGUCGAUUGUGUUCUAACAUCAGGUGAAAUUGUCCAAAUAAUGGAACAGAAAAAUGUGUCUAUGAAAGAUGUGACUGAAGUAGCUGUAGAUAGUUUGUUUGGUGAAAUAAAGGAGGGAGAUGUAGUAAGGCAUGAUGGGAAGAGGUCUGAUGGUUACCUGGAGCACAUUUUUAAGCAUGCUGCAAAGGAGCUUUUUGGCAUGGAUGUCAAAGAAAUCACCUACAAAGCAUUAAAGAACAAGGACUUUCAAGAAGUUACGCUUGAAAAGGAUGGUGAGACACUGCUGCGUUUUGCAGCAGCUUACGGCUUUAGAAAUAUCCAGAACAUGGUUCUGAAGUUGAAAAAGGGAAAGUUUUCAUACCAUUUUGUAGAGGUCCUCGCCUGCCCAGGAGGGUGCUUAAAUGGAAAAGGCCAGGCACAAACUGAAGAUGGAAAGCCAGAUAAAGCGCUGCUUAACCAGAUGGAAGAAGUGUACGCUGCAAUACCUGUUAGGCUUCCAGAAACCAACGUGCAUGUACAAAAGAUGUACCAGGACUGGUUGGAAGGCAUGGACUCCAAGAAGGUUCAGGAUACUUUGCACACCAAGUACAGUGUGGUAAACGAAACAGCAAGCAAUCUGGAUAUCAAAUGGUAACAAAUCAAACUCGCAGAAGACUUGCUUAGGUUAGUUACACAUUCAUCACUGGAAACAUUCUAUGCAAUUGCAGAUGCUAUGCACUAGCUGAAUGAAUGAGAUGCUUUCCCUAGUUAUCACUUGUGAAGAACCAUUGCUUUUUAAAAAACAAAAUGAAAAAAUCUCUGAAAGCCGAUUCCUGCUAUCGUUUGUUAACUCUUACUGUGUGUAAUCUCCUGUGUACAAUGGAUUUCUCUGUUCUAAGUCACCAUCUUGCAAGGUACCUAAGCACUUUUUGCCAGGUGCAGGGAGUGCAAUUCCUGGUGAAGCUACUCCAGAUUGAGGAUUCCCUUCCCUUCCAAACGGGCUCCCCCAAGAAGGCGAGACGAUCUUAUUCCCGGGUACGCUAUGCCUUUUGUCGUGGGAAAACAGUCAUCGUGAAUUCUAACGUAGAUGCAGUUGUUAUAUAGUAACUAGGGGAUGUACUUGCCUUGUUAACCAAGGAGAAAAAAAAACUUUACAGUGACUAGUGUGUAUAUGGGGAAAUGUAAUGAAUUAAUUUAUGCCUUCUGUAUCCUUAUUUUAGUAAAAAUUGCUCAGUUCCAAACUAGCGGCACCAUUCCCUACUGAUGCAACGUUUUGUAAGGAAACAGGUUGCUUCAUAUAAACUGAACUUUGGAAAAGAGUAUGAAGUGGUUCUAAUGCAAUCCUUGAUUAAAAAUAGUGGCAAAUACGUUGGUACAAAAGGAGAAUUUUUUUUUCCCCCCUCUUCAUUUUUUUUUUUUUUUUAAAUAAACUUGCACCUAGGAAGAAUGAGGCUGUCUACUUUGUCUGGCUUCUUUACGAGAAUGAAACAUUCACGGUCAGGUAAGCCUGGGCAUACUACAGCUUUGGUAGAUUCAACCUCAGCCAGAAUUACAGCACUUCCCGUUCUUUCAUGCUUUGGGUUCGCAGAAUACCAGAUUGUAUUCAGAACUUAAAUUUAUCUUUUUGUUAACAGACUUAUGGAAAAAUAAUGUCAUGGAGUGCCUCUAAAAAAGUAUUAGGUAAUGCUUGCGAGUUCAUCAAAAUUGCUACACGUUGGCAUCGUGAAUUUUGGUGCACUACUUAUUUUUGCGGUAUGUUGAAGAGGUUUAAUUUAACAAACCUCUUAAAGUGGAAUUUGCAUGCAAGCUUUUCUGCAGCUUCAUAUGUUGUCAGAGAGGUGUUCAAGAAUGUGAUGGACAAAAAUCAAACUACUGCUAACUUCCUCGUAACAUCAGAUUAGUUCUUGAUUAACAGUUGUUUUGAAACUAGGAAGGUUUCAGCUUUCCUUUUCCAGUCUCACAAGUGCAGAUGGGACUUUUCUUAAUGACUUCAAGAAGUGCUUGAAUGCAUCUUCAUAUAAAUUUCUUAAUGCUAUAACUGCUUGUAUGUGCAAGACCUAAUACUACCAGAACCUCUGUAUAUUUGAAAUCGGCAUCUCACUUGCACACAGUGAAUGGGAUUAAGGCAUCAGUGAAAGCACUGCAAGUUCUGGCAUUGGCUCAAACAACCGAGGCCCAAGAGGAGAGGGAGAGAUUGGACUACGUUACCCUGAUGCCAAGAAAUAGUCAGUUUAACGUGAAGCUGUUAAGAGUUGCAGCUUUGAAGUAAACCUCUUUCAGCUACGUGAUAAAACGUUUCCCUUUGAGGGAUGUUCUCGUUCAAGUGCACGUGAGUUUGACUACUAUGACUACCUGAAUGAAGACAAUGAGAUUAUAUCCAUAAAUUAGCCUUUGUAAGUUAAGUUUCUUUUUUUAAUAAAAGCAUUCUACUUAAAUGGUGCAAUAUCAGAAAACCUACAGAAAUCUACCUCUGUACAGGAAGGGAGCCCAGAAAUCCUGGGAAGACCUAAAUAGAUGAAACCAUAAUAAAUGCCUGCUAAAGAAGGACAGUGGUGUUGCAUGAAAUUUCUGACCGGGUUACUUUUAGAAGCAACAUUAUAACUCCUUUGAUCUCAUUUGCUUUAUCUGUUUUCCCCCAGAUUUCCCCCAAAUUCCCUCAAAAAUGUCAAUAGAACUAUCUUGUAAUAAAGUCUUGUUCUAUGCUUGUAUAGGUACAUGUUUCUAUGUAUAUAUGGUUUAUAGCUUGAUAGCAUGUUUAAAUUAUUGCUUCAAUUCUUUGUAAAGUAUGCUUAUUUUUUAGGUGCAUAUACUGGACAAAAUGGUAUGAAAAAGUUCAGUUUGCUUUUCUGGUGAGAUGUUACUAUACUAAGCUACAAAAGAGCUACUCUGCCCUCGUGCAGCUUUAAACAUAUUUGUCUUCUGUAGCUGGCACUGCUGUACGUGUUCUUUCUUGCCAUUGGGCUUGCCUUUUGCACUGAAGAGCCUCACUUUCCAUGCCGGUGGAAGACCGUAGGAGUGGGACAAUAGAUGAAAUAAAUCUGUCUAGAAUAUGCUAUGCUGAACUCCCACUACAAGGGAAACUUCGUGGCUCAAUGCAUAAAAAGGAAUUUUUUUUUUUUUUCAGUUGAAUCCACUAACCAUUCAUCUACUGAAUAUUUUAAUCUAUUGAGGAAGUAGCAACGUAAAAAUCUAGUAGAACAUUUGCCUACCACAGUAUCCUUUUAAGGACAAGGCAUCUAACUGAACAGCUUUUAGUGGCUAUGCGGAAUGUAUGUAUUAUAAUUAGUGACUUACAGUGAUUGAGACUUGGUCAGCUUCUCUGUUUUAUAAGACUUUUUGGAGUAAAGCUGAUUUUACGCUUUUAAAACCCUCUUCUGUAAACAGCUAGUUUGAAAAACCUUGCUUUCCCUAACUGUAAGAGUCUUAGAGUCUCCCCUCUCCACCUACCUUCACUGAAAUUUUUCAGGUUAAAAGUGGAAAACCUUGUUGCAACUUCACAUAUAGUGAAGGACUUGCCUGACACUUGAUUCUGGCUUUUAAACCUGUGUUUGGGAAGUUUAGCGUUGCUGACAAUGUGUGUCUUGAGCCACGCUGUGUGAAACAGCAGCAUUGUUCAGGUCUAUGACAAGAUUUUCAGCAACUAAUAAUUUCCAUUGCUGGUGUCUUUUCAGCAACCAGUAAAGUUCCUAGUGUGGUCACAGCCAUAGUGCUUUACUUCUCAGUUGAAUGUUGUGCUGAGACAAUCUGUCUCUACGUUUUAUUUUAGAAAAGACUAAGUCGGAGGGAGUGGGAGAGAAUGACUGGAAAUGCUAGACUGUAUUUGGAAAUUGUCUCGGGGUAUUACUGACUGGAGCAUGUCAAGUGGUAGAUCCCUUGGGUUAUAGUACUUUAUUGUGAGACUGCUACCACAAGGGAUGUGCGUUGUAAAGUAGUUUUGCCACAUCUUCUCCAAUCAGUUUGCCUCAGCCACUGCGCCUCAUAUUUGUUUGUCCACUAGAGUUUAUGAAGAUGGACAUGAGCUAUGAUAUCACUUUAAAUGACGGAUGUAUCUGUAUGCGGCUCUCUGAAAUGGAUUAUAUUUGGAUGAUGUUCAUUUAUCUAAAUUUUGGUGCUUUGUAGUCGAAUGGAGCAUGACCAUGAAUUGUCCUAAUAAAUCUUGAUACUGACUGACAGA